UGUGAGCCGGGGGGAGGAGCCUGCGCGGCCGGGCUGCGGGCGCAGCGGCCCAGCCAUGUCCGCCGAGGAGGUGGUGCAGAUCCGCCUGGAAGGCCGAUGCUACCCGGUGAGCAAGAGCAAGCUGAUCGAACAAAGCGACUACUUCCGCGCGCUCUACCGCUCCGGCAUGCGUGAGGCCGUGCGGCCCGAGGCCGGCCCCGAGGUGCAGCAGCUGCGCGGCCUGAGCGCGCCGGGCCUGCGGCUGGUGCUGGACUUCAUCAACGCGGGCGGCGCGCACGAGGGCUGGGGCCUGGGCGAGGACGAGCUGGCCGAGGCCAGCGUGCUGGCCGAGCUGGUGGAGGCCGCGUCCUUCCUGCAGGUCACGGCGCUGCUGCGCCUGCUGCUGUCGCAUGUGCGUCUGGGCAACUGCUUGGAGCUGUACCGCCUGGCUCAGGUGUACGGGCUGCCCGACCUGCAGGACGCCUGCCUGCGCUUCAUGGCCCUGCGCUUCCACCAGGUGCUGUGCCAGCCGCAGUUCCCGCUGCUGCUGUCGCCGCCGCAGGCCCCCGGGGACUGUAGCCUGAAGCAGAGGCUGCGGGAGGCCCGCAUGCGCGGGACCCCGGUCCUGGUGGCCCUGGGGGACUUCCUCGGGGGACCCCUGGCCCCGCACCCGUAUCAGGGGGAACCCCCGUCCAUGCUUAGGUACGAGGAGACCACGGAACGCUGGUUCCCGCUGGCCAACAACCUGCCCCCCGACCUGGUGAACGUCAGGGGCUACGGCUCAGCCAUCUUGGACAACUACCUCUUCAUCGUGGGCGGGUACAGGAUCACUAGCCAGGAGAUCUCGGCCGCGCACUCCUACAACCCCACCACGAACGAGUGGCUGCAGGUGGCCUCCAUGAACCAGAAGCGCUCUAACUUCAAACUCGUGGCUGUCAGUUCAAAGCUCUACGCUAUCGGUGGGCAGGCUGUGUCUAACGUGGAGUGCUACAAUCCUGAGCAGGAUGCAUGGAAUUUUGUGGCUCCACUGCCAAAUCCUCUGGCUGAGUUUUCUGCAUGCGAGUGCAAGGGGAAGAUUUACGUCAUCGGUGGCUAUACCACCCGAGAUCGCAACAUGAACAUCCUGCAGUAUUGCCCCUCUUCUGACCUCUGGACGCUGUUUGAGACCUGUGAUGUCCAUAUCCGCAAGCAGCAGAUGGUGUCUGUGGAGGAGACCAUCUACAUUGUGGGUGGCUGUCUCCAUGAACUGGGUCCCAACCGCAGGAGCAGCCAGAGUGAGGACAUGCUCACCGUGCAGUCCUACAACACGGUCACUCGGCAGUGGCUCUACCUGAAAGAGAACACGUCCAAAUCGGGCCUGAACUUGACGUGUGCACUGCACAAUGAUGGCAUCUACAUCAUGAGCAGGGACGUCACUCUGUCCACCAGCUUGGAGCACCGAGUGUUUCUCAAGUACAACAUCUUUGCCGACAGCUGGGAAGCCUUCCGGCGGUUCCCAGCCUUCGGACAUAACUUGUUGAUUUCCUCUCUCUAUCUACCCAAUAAAGCAGAGACCUGAACAAUUCAACAGUAUUUAAAAGAAAGAUCUGGUUCAAGAAAAAAAAAAAACCAACUCUUUGAAAUACUGAUCCCUGAGGGGACAAAGUAGACUACCGUAGGUCAUGUACGUAGGAGGCUCAGCUGUAAAUAAGCUUUCUUGAGCUAAUUACUUGAAAACUUGGGGGAAAGAAACCAACAUUAUUCCUUAUAGGUUGUUUUUUUACAUCAUGGGAACAAAUGUCAUGAUAAGUAUUCAUCCAAACAGUCUUGGGCCAACAACUAAAAGCCAACAUUAAAAAGUAGACUGCUGGGGUUGCUCCACCAGGGCCAAGGUCAAUAGCUGACGUGAUAGUAGUCAUGGUUUUGUUCUGUGUUUUCCCCACUGCGGUAGAAUCUAGGGCCUCACGCUAGUCCCAUAAAGAUUACUUUAAAAUACUAUUUCUUUAGGUCACCUGAGAUGUCAUUAGUAGGGGAUGUUCAGUAUUUCUGACAAGUGUUAGGAGCCACCUCCUCACUCCUCCAGCCUCCUGUCACCCCGUUUUUCUGGUCAAGCAUUUUAUUGUAUAUUUGCUUUCAGGAACCCUAACAGAUGUGUCCAAUCUUUUGACAUUUAGACAUUGCAUUACCAUUUAUCAAGUUUGUGCACAACUGAGUUAUCUUUAAAAAAAAAAACCCACAAAACUCUUAUUAAUGUUUUAAGUAAGGUCCUGAUGUUGUGUUAGCUAGAGUUACAGCAUCCUCAGGGGCCCAUGAGCUAUGGCACCAUGCCUGAUACAAUGGUAGAACCAGACAGAGAAUCCACACAACCAACUGGUCCGUCCAAAAACUUGGAUAAGCACCUUCUCAGCCACUUGAGAAUGCUAUGUAAGCAGACUUGUCAACCUCGUACGUUUGUGUGGCGAAUGCAGGUCUGCAUGGGUCACAGACCCUGCAUUGUGAGAUCUUUGUUUUUAGAAGAUUGCUAUUAACGUUUUAUAAAUUGUGUCUUAAAUGAGGGAGUACCGCAUAAGGAAACAUGCCUUUAUGAGUUAUUUUUAUUGAAUGUAUUGACUUAGAUCUUGUUUCAAGAUUUAAAAUAAAGAACAAAACAGAACAAACUUUUGCACAUUUA